AUGGCUGAAAAACAAAUAGCAGAUCUAAAGAUCAAAAUUGCCAAUGCAAAACGAAAAAUUACAAACUUCGCAACGUAUUUAGAAAAAUUUACACCGGAGCGCGAUUUUCCGAAUUUAGAGAAGAGAAAUCAAGAAAAUGAUAAAAGCUUCUUAGAAUUUGAAAUUUCACAAACGGAAUUAGAAACUCUUGAGAAUGAUUCCACCUAUCCAAAUAUUCGUACGGAAUACGAAGAAAAAUAUUACACUUCGCACGGUAUCGCGGCGACUUUGUUGAAGGAAAACCUUUCCUCAACAAACAAUUCAAUUCAAUCUAACGCCUCGUUGUCUUCGCUAAACGUCAUACAUGAAAAUUCCACGAACAUCGUUCAAGGUUCAAAAAAGAAUCUUCCUCGUGUUAAUUUGCCUUCAUUUAGUGGAUCCUACGAAUCUUGGUUAGGAUUUCACGAUCUUUUUAAAUCCCUUGUCGAUGAUAAUAAAGACAUCCCUGAAAUCGAAAAAUUAUACCAUUUGAAGGGGUGUCUAAAAAAUGAAGCUGCAGAAGUUCUCGCAUCCAUUGAAUUAUCGUCGGACAAUUACAAGGUCGCUUGGGACUUGCUGAAAGAGCGUUAUGACAAUCGUAAAAUCAUUCGCCAAACUCACGUUAAAGCACUAUUAAAUUUACCAUUUAUUUCGAAAGACUUCCCCGUUCGCUCGUUGGUCGAUCAAAUUCAAAAACACAUUAGAGCACUUGACGCCUUGAAAGAACCUGUAAAUCAAUGGGGCACUCUUUUAGUUGAAAUUAUUAAGCAAAAAUUAAAUUCAUUCAUUCGUGAAAAGUGGGAAGAGGCUAGCUGUGAUUCCGAUAACCCCACGUUCAAGGAAAUGUUGACCUUCCUGCAGCGCUGUGCUCAGUUCGAAGAUAACAAAUUUUAUGAAGUAACAGGAAAAUCUCAAAUCGUGUCGGAUAAAAAACUAACAGAAAAAGAGAGGAAAAUGACUGAAAACUCAGAAUACUGUGAACAGUUGGAAAGUUUAAAAUUUUGUUGA